GGCGGCGGGGCGCAGUCUGGACGGAGAUGGCGACUGCGGUGGUGACGGCGGUAGCGGCGGUCCCGGCGCCGACGAGCGGAGCGGAUGGCGCUUCUUCUGUGCACUGGUUCCGCAAAGGCUUGCGGCUCCACGACAACCCGGCGCUUCUGGCGGCCGUGCGCGGGGCUCGCUGCGUGCGCUGCGUUUAUGUCCUCGACCCGUGGUUCGCGGCCUCCUCCUCGGUGGGGAUCAACCGGUGGAGGUUCCUGCUGCAGUCUCUGGAAGAUCUGGACACAAGCUUAAGGAAACUGAAUUCACGCCUGUUUGUCGUCCGGGGACAGCCAGCUGAUGUGUUUCCACGGCUGUUCAAGGAAUGGGGGGUAACCCGCUUGACCUUUGAAUAUGACUCAGAACCCUUUGGGAAAGAACGGGACGCCGCCAUCAUGAAGAUGGCCAAGGAGGCUGGUGUGGAGGUGGUGACUGAGAAUUCCCAUACCCUCUAUGACCUGGACAGGAUCAUUGAGCUGAACGGGCAGAAGCCUCCCCUCACCUACAAGCGCUUUCAGGCCAUCAUCAGCCGCAUGGAGUUGCCCAAGAAGCCAGUGGGCUCAGUGACCAGCCAGCAGAUGGAGAGCUGCAGGGCUGAGAUCCAGGAGAAUCACGACGACACCUAUGGCGUGCCCUCCCUGGAGGAGCUAGGGUUCCCCACUGAAGGACUUGGCCCAGCUGUCUGGCAAGGAGGAGAGACAGAAGCUCUUGCCCGUUUGGAUAAACACUUGGAACGGAAGGCCUGGGUUGCCAACUAUGAGAGACCCCGGAUGAAUGCCAAUUCCCUUCUGGCCAGCCCCACAGGCCUGAGCCCUUACCUGCGCUUCGGCUGCCUCUCCUGCCGCCUCUUCUAUUACCGCCUGUGGGACCUGUAUAAAAAGGUGAAGCGGAACAGCACCCCUCCCCUGUCCCUGUUUGGGCAACUUCUGUGGCGAGAGUUCUUCUACACGGCGGCCACUAACAACCCCAGGUUUGACCGCAUGGAGGGGAACCCCAUCUGCAUCCAGAUCCCCUGGGACCGCAACCCUGAGGCCCUGGCCAAAUGGGCUGAGGGCAAAACAGGCUUCCCUUGGAUCGACGCCAUCAUGACCCAACUGAGGCAGGAGGGCUGGAUCCACCACCUGGCCAGGCACGCUGUGGCCUGCUUCCUCACCCGCGGGGACCUGUGGGUCAGCUGGGAGAGCGGGGUUCGGGUGUUUGAUGAGCUGCUCCUGGAUGCCGACUUCAGCGUGAAUGCCGGCAGCUGGAUGUGGCUGUCCUGCAGUGCUUUCUUCCAACAGUUCUUCCACUGCUACUGCCCCGUGGGCUUCGGCCGCCGCACAGACCCCAGUGGGGACUACAUCAGGCGCUAUCUGCCUAAAUUGAAAGGCUUCCCCUCUCGAUACAUCUACGAGCCCUGGAAUGCCCCAGAGUCAAUUCAGAAGGCAGCCAAGUGCAUCAUUGGUGUAGACUACCCACGGCCCAUUGUCAACCAUGCUGAAACCAGCCGGCUCAACAUUGAGCGAAUGAAGCAGAUCUACCAGCAGCUCUCGCGAUACCGGGGACUCUGUCUCCUGGCAUCUGUCCCUUCCUGUGUGGAAGACCUCAGCCACCCUGUGACCGAGCCCAACUCAAGCCAGGCUGGGAGCAUCAGCGGCACAGGCCCCAGACCACUUCCCAGCGGCCCAGCUUCCCCGAAACGCAAGCUGGAAGCAGCUGAGGAGCCACCGGGUGAAGAACUCAGCAAACGGGCCAGGGUGGCGGAAUCACCUGCCCCAGAGCUGCCAAGCAAGGACUCCUGAGCGUGAGUGGCAGCAGCUUAGAGUCCUCCUCAGGAGGGAAGUUGCAGAGCUGUAGCUCCGUGAGCAAAGCCUGGGUGCCCAAGCAGCCACCAUGGCCACAGAGUACGACCUGCAGAGAAGCUGAUCGCUGACCAAGAGCGCGCAAGCGUGUGUGUGCAUGUGUGCGGAGGGAGAACUGGUGUGCUGUGUGCGUGUGCAUGCAUCUGUUUACCUGUUAUGAUCCUGAGUGCUGCCUGGGCUGGGGGAGUGCCCGAAGCACGCCACCCUAUGGGAGGCCAGAGGUCAUGGCAUGUGAUCACCUUCCACCAAGCCCUGAGAGUCCCCUUGUCCAAAUGGGACAUAGCAGUAGGACCGUAGCUGGGAUUCUGGCAUCUGCUCCCAUCCACACAUCCCACUGAGGAACCGAGGACUCGAUUUGGGGCUCUGUCCAAAGUGUGGGAUUCUAGAGGCAUCCACUGAAUUCCCAUUUCCUGACAUUGGUACGCUGGGUAUGCUAGAGUAGAGUAGGCAGAUUUGUCCAGACUUAACCACCUUCCUUGCGUCUUACUCUGAAUCCCUGUUCUCAGCUCCACAGACUUCCGUGGGCAUCUGGGAUAAGCAUGAGGCUAUAGACGGAGCUGGGAAGUUUCCUCCCUCAUACAGCGUGUACUCAGGUACCUGAUGUGUGCACCAGCACUAUAGAGACAAAGACAGCACACCCACCUUUUCAGGCUUUGGACCUAUAGAGAGGAGCAAAAUCUCAGCUCUCACUGUUCCUUCCCCAGAAGCCUUGAGCUAGUCUCCAUCUAGCCAGGAGGUGCAAAAGGCAGGGUCAGACUGGGGACCUCUGUCCGGAGGAGACCAGGUGCUGAUGGCUUAUGGCCCCCCUGGCUCCUCUGGCCACACUCCAAGGUACCACAGUGUCCCAAUAUGGCCAGCUGAUGCCAGCCAGAAAAGAGAGCCAGGCUUUGUUCUAGAGGCUUCCAGGGCCUUCCCUGGGCGGCUCAGCACCCAAGCUGCUAUGUCAGCUCUGCAGUAGCCAAGGACUCAGGCAGAGGGACUGAGGGCUGGGUGCUGCCACGGGUGAUUGGCAGAAGGAGAGAGUAUGUCCGGCACACCCUCCCUCCCGAAGCAGCAGUGGGAGGUUUGGCCAGAGAAGCCGAGCCUUGCAUUCCAGGAGGGCCAGUCCUCCCGCCUGUCCCUCCCACUGCCUCAGGCUCCUGUGGAGAUAGCAGUCACGAAAAGGACUGUGGUCAACCAUAGCAAGUCUUCCUUCUACCCCUGUGGCCUGCACUUGAGCCACUGUGUGUGUGUGUGUGUGUGUGUGUGUGUG